AUGAUAGUUGCUACAACCGCCAACAAAAACGCCCUUGCUCCAACAGCUCAUAAGUUGGUUUUAAAUAACGAUGUCAAGAUCCCUCACAAUCUCAAAAAUUUAUCCACUUACAGUAAGUUCUUGGCUCUGUAUACCAGAGAUCUAGAAACUUGUCAACUCAAUUCUAUAGAAGAAAAACAGGAUUGCCAUAUUGCUGAAAAUUGGUCUAAGUUCAUGGAAAACACCAAGGAAAUCCAGCCCAGGAAGGCACAUUUCAGUGAAAAUAUUAAUGAACAGCUCCUAACCGCUGAAAUAUCUAAUCAGUUCACUAAUUCCAUGAAUUUACCAUUGAAAAUUUCGGAAUAUAAAAAAGAUGGGGAAACACAGGUUAGAGGAUGUGUAACUACCGUGGAAAAUGAAAAUGAGUUUAACGAUUGGUUUAUUUUCCACAUAUUGGAUCAGGCUCGUUUAAAAUUUAGUGAGAAGCCAACGAUCACUUCGGAUAUAGAUUAUCACAAAUCAUUCACGAGAUAUUAUGAGAAAAAUCUGAAGAACACCGUCUUUGAAGAUCAAUGGGAUGAGGAAGGCCGUGAAUAUUUCAUAAAAAGAGUUAGGUAUUUCACUGAUCGAUUUUUGAGAAUUGAAUGUGUCUUACCUGCAUUCCCUUGUAAGACUUCUAACAGAGAUAAGGCUGCUGGAACACUUCCUGAUAAGGGUGAAGAAUUUGCCCUCAGAAGAUUAUUAAAGGCGACACAUGACGUAUCUCAAAUAUAUCCACCGGGCAUGAAAGUUUGGAUCGUAAGUGAUGGUCACGUAUUUUCCGACUGUAUCGGUGUUGAUGACCAUGUGGUUAACAGGUACACUCAAAAUUUGCACCAAAUGUAUGAAUCAAUUUCUAUUCCAGGUAUUGAUGCAAUGGGUCUCUGUGGAUUGAACGAUCUAUUUUUUUCAGGACAUGCUACUUCCCACUUUGAUCCCGAAUGGAUCAAGGACAUUGAACUUGACCAUUACACUGGGACUAAAAUUUGUUCAGUAUCCGAGGUCUCUAGAACAAUUUUAAUGAAAGGUUGUGAUACAGAUGACGGGAGAUUAAAAAAACAAAUUGGUAUUGAUGGACACCCAAGGCUUCAUCUUUAUAGAGGUUUUGUCAAGUUUAUGGAGGAGGAUUUAUCACUAUCGACACAUUUUGCAAAAUCAUCCAGAAAAGGUUUCAAAAAAACUGCCUCUAAGGUAGCCUUUAACAUGAUUAAAAGGAAUGAUGCCUACUCCAAUUUAGUAGAACUUCUUUUUCCACAUCACAUGAGACUUUCAAUUCAUGCACAUACCAAUAGUGGACCCAAAUUUGGUAUUAAAGUAAUUUCACCUGAACAAUGCUUAUCAGUGAAGUCAUUGGAUAAUAUUGAAGAACCCAAAUUCGAGGAUCUAUUGCACAUUCCAACACCUUGGCAUAAUUGCGUGGUUAAAGUGUGCAAUCAGAAUCAAUUUUUCUUGACCAAGUCUAGAGUAGUCAGAGAAGCUCUUGAGAGUGGUAAAUAUGUUGGAGCAUGGAAAGAGGCGAACUUAGAGAAGGGUGAAGGCGGGUACUACGUUAUUAGCAAAUGUUAA